UUCCCUCUCACUGUCUCUGUCUCUCUCCAGUGAGCACAGGCGCCCUCUAGAAAAAUCCACCAAGACAGUCUGUUGAAGGAAUGAACAGAGGCAUGGGAGAGGCCCAGCGAGAGGGACCGUGGGGCCCGGGGCAGUUGUUACAGGAGUCUGUGGGAGGUGGUAGGGUCUACCCUGGCCAGGGCAUGGAUUCCAGACUCAGGGGGUUGGGUCUGAGGACGGGUAGGGCCGGUCAACCGAGGGGGAGCAGGGGAGGGGCCUGGGCGGGCAGCGGCUGGGGACAGGAACAGGAGCCGAGGCAAGGCGUGGCCAGCUGCGGUCCUGGGGUCUGUAGGUGGGUCUGACCCGGCUCUGGCCGCCUGCCAGCUUGGCACCAUGACUCCUGCCCCUCCUGCCCGCUCCCUGGGCCUUCUGUGCCUAGAGCCUGAAGUACCCAGGGGCCCACCCACCACAGAAGUCCAGGCGAAAGGCAGCCUCUGGCCUCUCCCUCGGGUCAGGGCGCUCAGCAGGGCUGGGUCCCUUCAUUGCAGAAGGACGCGAGUCAUUGGAAGCCUGCUCGGGGGUCCCUGGCCUUCGGGGAGGACAGGCUGCAGCCACCGUGUGAGCCUGCGAGCCCGGACACAGGGCAGCAGGUGGCCGCAGGGCCAGCUUCCGUGGGCACCCGCAGGCCACCUGACCUUGAGGAAUAAACCUCCUAGCCCAGUGGAGCUGGCGAGGAGGUGGGACUUCGGUGCCGAGGUCUCGGGUCGUCCUACCCAGGACGCAGGUGCAGGGGGCCGGGCCUCCGUGGGGGCGCUCUCAAGGCCAGCCCUGCGUGGGCUUUAUCUCUGGCGGCCUGCCAGGAUGCUGGACACUGUCAAGGUCAGUGUGGGAGGCUCCUCUGCCACACAGCCGCUCUCCAGGGAGCAGCUGACCCGCGGCGUGGACAGUGGGAGCUGGGAGCUCCGGGAGGAGGCUCUGAGACACCCAGGCCUGGCCUCUCCGUUGACCACACUGUCCUGGCGAGGGCAAUGAGGAGCGAGGACAGGAGGCGGCCCGGGCAUGCCGCCGGUGCCGGGUCAAGCCUGGUGGUCACGCAGCUAGACCUGCAGUUCCGCUUCCAGGGCGGGAAGCUGCACGGCCUCAGCUGUGAGCUUGCCCGCCUGCCGUGCCAUGUCCCCCCCGAGACCUUCCUGGCCACCACCUGCCAGGUCGCAGUGCCCGUCCUGCUCUCUGGCCUGGGCAUGGUGACAGCCGGUCUGGUGAUGGACACUGUCCAGCACUGGCCCGUGUUCACGGAGGUGAAAGGUCUUUUGACACUGGUGCCGCCCUUGGUGGGCCUGAAGGGGAACCUGGAGAUGACCCUGGCCUCACGACUCUCCACAGCCGCCAACACGGGGCAGAUCGAUGACCCCCGGGAGCAGCCCAGAGUCAUCGGCUGCAACCUCGCCCUCAUCCAGGCACAGGCCACCGUGGUGGGGCUCCUGGCCGCUGUGGCCGCCCUGCUGCUGGGCGCUGCGUCCAGGGAGGACCUCGAUCUGGCCAAGGUGCAGCUGCUGUGUGCUAGCAGCGUCAUCACCGCCUUCCUCGCUGCCUUCGCCCUGGGAGUGCUGAUGGUCUGCAUCGUGAUCGGUGCACGGAGGCUCGGGGUGAACCCUGACAACGUCGCCACGCCCAUCGCGGCCAGCCUGGGGGACCUCGUCACACUGUCCAUCCUGGCCCUGGUCAGCAGCUUCUUCUACAGAUACAAAGACAGCCGGUACCUGACGCCGCUGGUCUGCAUAGGCUUCAUGGCCCUGACCCCGCUGUGGGUUGUCAUCGCCAAGCAGAGCGCGCCCAUCCUGAAGAUCCUGAAGUUCGGCUGGCUCCCGAUCAUCCUCGCCAUGGUCAUCAGCAGUUUCGGUGGGCUCAUCUUGAGCAGAAGCCUGUCCAAGCCGCUGUACAAAGGCAUGGCCGUACUAACUCCUGUCAUAUGCGGUGUGGGUGGCAAUCUGGUGGCCAUUCAGACCAGCCGGAUCUCCACCUUCCUGCACAUGUGGAGCACACCCGGGGUCCUACCCGUCUGCAUGAAAACCUUCUGGCCUCACCCGUGCUCCAUGUUCUGCUCCUCAGAAAUCAAUUCUAUGUCCGCCCGAGUCCUGCUCUUCCUGGUGGUCCCAGGCCACCUGGUUUUCCUCUGCACCAUCUACCUGGUGGAGGGGCAGCCUGUCACGAGCAGCAGGACUUUCGUGGCACUCUACCUGCUAGCAGGCCUGGCCCAGGUGGCGGUCCUACUGUACCUGGCAGAAGUGACAGUCCGCCUGACGUGGCACCAGGCCCUGGACCCUGACAACCACUGCAUCCCCUACCUCACCGGGCUGGGAGACCUGCUGGGGACCGGCCUCCUGGCGCUCUGCUUCCUCGCUGACGGGCUCCUGAGGGGUGGAGCCGAGCUGGAGGGCCUCUCGGAGCUGGCAUCGCCACCUCCCUAAUGAGCUGGCCGGGUGUGCGGGAGAGUCUUCCCCAGCCACCGGGUGCAGGACGUGGUUCCUCCCUGGGUGGGUCCUCAGGAGGGUGGCCCCCACUGUAGUGGCCCUUGUCACUCUGCUAAGGGGACUCGAACAUGUGUGUGCGAGGGUGUGCGCAGGUGUGUGGAGGGCGGUGCGCUGGCCUGAAGCCGAGGAGGAGGUGUGUCCGGGGUGCGUCCUGCCCGGCAGGCCUGUGCCCCGCCUGUCUCUGAGCCUCAGGCCCCCGAGGCCCCUGCUGUCUUCCUGACUCUGCGGGGCACCCCACAAGCGUGGCUGCGCCCCAGAAUGGAGCCUUACGCGUCUAGCCUCGUCCCUGCUGUCUUUUCUUCGUCAGCUAAAGCCUCAGUUGAGCUCUGUGUAGAGGUGUGAAAUAAAGCACAGGUGAUGCUG